AACUCCUUUUCCUGUCAUCUCCUCCCCUCAACCUAGCUCUGUGGAAGUGAAGCUAAUUUGCCUUCCCUUUCUCUGCUUCGAAGGGACCUCGAAUUCCCAUUCCGCCAAGCCAUCCAAUCGUAUCCCGUAGGGCAGAACAAGGCACCCUGCUUAUCGAUAACACAUGCGGCUAGUGGAGAGGUAGCGCCUGACUGAUCGAGCCACUCAGAGCAUUCAGGAACCAUGUCGGUGGAGCUCGAAAGCGGUGUGUUCCGGGGCACUGACGGCCAGCUGCCGAAUGAGCCCCACCAAUUGCUGCCCGGCAACGUGGAGACGGUCGAGAAGUUCCCAGACUAUUGUUUACAAAACCACAUUAUCGGGACCAGCAACGCAGGAGCGGCAGGACUAUCGUUGCCAUUACAUUUAGCGAAUAUACCACAGAUACCACAGGGCCGGCCACCAUCUCUUUCUAUUCAAUCUGUUACCUCUUCCGAAUACUCGUCCCACUCGGACAAAGACACCACCUUCGAUUCGCGCCGCUCCUCCAUCAUCAGCAGUGUAUCCUCGUACAGCUACAUCUCCCAGGGUCACCAGGGCCACCAGACCAACGAUCCGCAGCAAUCUCUGACUCGGAGCCGUCGAGACGCCAAGCAGUUGCAUGCCGCCCGCCUACAGCGCUCUGGCUCGACCAGCCUAAGCAUCGGUACCAAGCAGGACACCUCGCCAAUCCGCUCAAAGUCGAAGAGAUUCCAGAGGACCGGCUCCCCGGCCGACGCCUUUGCCGCCAAAGAACCCGCACACGAGCAGGGACUGACCAGGAUGGCCUUUGCCGAGCAGCAACGCUGGAUCACCGUCCAGCAGAAGACCUUUACGAAAUGGCUGAAUACAAAGCUAGAAUCGAGGGAACUCGAGGUUAAGGACUUGGUGACGGACUUGAGCGACGGUGUAAUCCUAAUUCAUCUGCUAGAAUGCCUCUCGAGCGAGUCACUCGGCAGGUAUGCCGCGAAGCCCAAGCUGCGGGUGCAGCGGUUCGAGAACGCCAACAUGGCCCUGAACUUCAUCAAGUCCCGGGGCAUCCAGAUGACCAACAUUGGCGCCGAGGACGUCGUCGACGGCAACCGCAAGAUCAUACUCGGCCUCAUCUGGACCCUCAUCCUGCGGUUCACCAUCAACGACAUCAACGAGGAGGGCAUGACGGCGAAGGAGGGCCUGCUGCUGUGGUGCCAGCGCAAGACGGCCUGCUACGACGAGGUCGACGUCCGCGACUUCAGCGCGAGCUGGAACGACGGCCUAGCCUUCUGCGCGCUCCUCGACAUCCACAGGCCCGACCUGAUCGACUACGAUGCCCUCGACAAGUCGGACCGCCGCGGCAACAUGCAGAUGGCGUUCGACAUCGCCCACAAGGAGAUCGGCAUCCCGAAGCUGCUGGACGUGGAGGACGUCUGCGACGUGGCGAAGCCGGACGAGCGGAGUCUGAUGACCUACAUCGCCUACUGGUUCCACGCCUUCUCCCAGAUGGAGAAGGUCGAGAACGCCGGGCGGAGAGUGGAAAAGUUUGUUAAUAACAUGCAGGGAGCGUGGGAGAUGCAGCACGCGUACGAGCGGAGGAUGGCGGAGCUCUUGAAGAACAUACAGACACAAGUGGAGAGCUGGCAGCUGGCAAAGUUCGAAGGGACGUACGUCGAUGCCAAGGCACAAGCUACCGAGUUUGCCUCGUAUAAACGGGGCAGGAAGAGGGAUUGGGUGGCGGAGAAGAGUGAGCUGGCUACGCUGCUAGGUAAUAUCAAGACGAAACUGGGGACAUACCGGUUAAGGCCGUAUGAGCCGCCGGCGGAGCUAAGGUUGGAAAUCUUGGACACGGAAUGGGCCAAUUUGUCGAAGUCGGAGAUGACCCGGGGGCAGCUAAUUAACGAGACGAUCCGAGAUAUCAAAAAUGGCCUCCGGAAGUCGUUCGCAGAUAAGGCCAAUGACUUCGCGCUGGCCCUGAACACGAUGCAGCUGGCCAUCUCGGGGCUAGAGGGCGACGUCGAGGACCAGCUCCACCACGUGCGGAAGCUGUCAGACAACCUGUCGCCCCUGGAUGCCUAUCUGGAAACCAUCGCGGCCGUAGACGCCAAGUGCCAGGAGGCCAACAUUGAGGAGAACGACUUCACGACCUACACGUACGAUGAGCUGUGCUACGAGCUGUCGCUCGUGAAGUCGUCCGUCUCAAAGAAGCUCGCCUUCCUGGAGAACCAGAUGGUGGCGCGCAACAUGACCAACCUGACGCCGAUCCAGCUCGAAGAGUUCGAGUCCGUGUUCCGCCACUUCGACCGCGACGACACCAACAGCCUGCAGGAGCUCGAGUUCUCGGCCGCGCUAGCGUCGCUGGGCCUGGUCUUCAGCGAGGACGAGAUGCACGACUACUUUGUGGCCACGUCCAACGGCCGCGACCGCGUCACCUUUGAGCAGUUCAUCCGCUUCAUGGUCGAGGUGACCGAGGACCAGAACACGGCCGAGCAGGUCUUCCAGUCCUUCCGCGAGGUCGCCGACGGGAAGCCGUACGUGACCGAGAUGGACCUCCGCCACUCCCUCGUGCCCGACGAGGUCAUCGAGAAGCUCGUCGACAUCAUCCCGCCGCACCACGGCCCCGACAUGGCCGCCGACCGCGGCGCCCCGCAGUACGACUACAUCGCCUUUAUGGACAAGCUCAUCAGGGAAGAGUCCGAGGACCGCGCCGCCGCCGAGAGGGGGGUAGCCCCGCUAUCACAGGACAGGCCGGACGGGCGCGGCCGGAGCAUGAGCCCUACGAAGCAGGUGGGCCUUAUGAACGGGUUUCACUGAACGGGGGGAGGUGUGGGGAGGAUAGAUGGGUGGGGUUAACUGGAGCGGCUUUUUGCUCCGGCUGGAUGAUGAUAUUGGUGCUGAAUUCGAUUUUGGGUGCAUGGGUGGAACCGGAUCAUACAUACCCCUUACUUGAGCUUGAGAAACCUAUUAGUCUUAUUGUUUCUUUAGAACUUACCAAGUAUAUAUAUACAGCUCUUUCUUGACUUGCGCUCUCCCCCGUCCGAUGACAGGAUACGCCGUGGGAGGCAGGCGACGUGGUCAAAAGAUAUGAAGAGCGUCUUCAGAACACCCCACGUACACAGUCUCGCAAGCAUGUGGGGAAAACGCC